AUGAUGUGGACCACCACAGAAGAAGCAGCCGAGCCGCCCGAGAAUGAAAGUGGGCCCGCGGCCGGUGACUCAGGGCCGGCCCGUGUCGAGGUGACGCGCGCCGCGCGACUCGGGUCAGUGCGUUCCCGAGAGCAGGGCCGCGUGGUCAGUGAGGCGGAGAGCGCCGUCAUGAGGUCGCGCCGGUGGCUCGUCGUUGUGCUGCUGGCGGCAGCGCUGUGCAGCCCCGUCUGGUCAGCGCCGGCGGUGGCGGCUGAGAAGCUAGAGAGAGUGGCCGCAGCGUCAGAGGACAAUCGGGAAACGACCGCGCCCGAUAGUGAGAGCAGUGCGGAAAAGGAGAAAGUGGAGUCGACAUCAGUGACGCCGUCUGAAGGUCAGAAUACAGACAAACGUGUAGCUACAACACCCGAACUAAAUCAGAUUCCGAACGAGCCGGUCAAAGCUGCUGAGGACAGACCCUCCCUGCCGUCCAAGCCGCCUUCGGGAUUCUCAUCAGCGGAAGGUGAAGCUGACUCUGGACUCCCUGAAGCUACAGAGGACCGAGCGGACACUGGCCUCCUUGUGGCGACAAGUGGAGCUGACACGGACCUCCCUGCGGCGGCAAGUGGAGCUGACACGGACCUCUCUGAGGCGGCCGAGGACCGGGCGGAGACCGUGUCGCCGGCCGGAGGUGGCCAGGACGUCCCAGCUGAUGCCGACCCGGCCGCCGGCUCCUCCCGACAGGGCCGUCUGCUGGGGCUCGACACGUCUCGACUGUUCGCCGUGCCCGCGUGGCUGCAGGGACUGGUCGGAGGGGACGAGGGUGACAGCUCUGAUGACGACCCCCGACGGUCGCAGCGGAGGCGGAUCCCCCUCCGUCGCCAGGGGCUGCCUCACCCACAGGGGCCAUUCCGGCGCCAGGGCCCGGCCCGGCGGCGCCCCCCGCCGCCGUUGAGGACGGCAGCGGCUGGUGGCCCGACCAGGCGUGGACCGGACCCGCCCGGUGUGGUUCACGGGCUCCAGGCGCCGCGACCACACCUGGUCGGUCCGCACGUACCGCCACCGGUCCGGCACAGCCCGCGGCCGGCGGCGCCGCAGGAGGUGCACCAUGUGCACCACCACACGCACAUGCACGUGCCGCGCCCACAGCAGGGCGUGCUCGCUGUCGUGCCGGGUGGCGGUCCAGUCCCGGCUCCGGCGUCCGGUCACAGCCGGCCGGUGGUCGGGCCCGUCGGUGUACCCCGGCAGCCGGCGGUCCGCCCCGAGGGUGCCGACUCCCCUGCCGGCGGCGCGCCGUGGCGCUGGGGCGGUGAUCACCCCGCUCCAGGGGAGUUGGUGUUCGGCCCUGCGGAGCCCGCGCACCCGUCCCAGGAGCCCGGCGUGCGGCCGUGUAACGCGUGCGGCGGCGCCUGGAUCCCCUGUGACGACUGCGACACGCCGUGGAGCUGGCAGUCGCCGGGCGGCGGCCGACUGCCGGGCCCCGGCCGCAGCCCGGCCAGACCCGACUCCGCGUCCGCCCACGUCCUGUUCCCGGGCCAGUCGAGUCCCGACGAGCUGGCCACCGAGGCCUCCGUCAUCUCCAACGUCAUCGCCCAGGAGACGCCGGUCAGACCGGUCAUCUUCGUGACGGAGAGGCCGGCCGGACCGGCGGCGGUCGUCACCGCCCGUGUGCCGGACGCUCCGGAGCCGUCCACCACCCAGUCGCCGGUGACGCCGCAGGUCUCCGAGGAGCCGACCCGACCGAGCCAGCUGGCGCCGCGCCCGCCGCUCCAGCCCGGCUCCCUGGUGACCGAGUCGCCGGCGAGGCCGAACCAGGUCACCACCGAGGCGCCGGCGACCGAGCGGGGGGCGGCCGUCACCCCGUCUCCGGAGACCGAGCUGGAGACGGAGCGGCCGCGGCGGCGACCCACCGCCCGGCCGUCGGUGUUCCACCGGCGACCCACCGCCCGCCGGCCCCCCACCGAUCCCUUCAGGCCGUCCAAGUUCCACCCGGGGGCGCAGAAACGCCCAGUCUCGACCACCACCACGACAACGCUGCCAACUACAACUCCGUCUACAACAACAACUACAACCACCACAACAACCACAACAACUACAACAACUCGGCCUCCAACUACAACAACUCGGCCUCCAACUACAACUACUCGGCCUCCAACUACGCCGCCCACCACGCCGACCCCCAGGCCACUGCCCACCCACUCGUUCACGGUGUACCCCCGUGCCUGUAGUCGGUGCCUGCCGUGCCGCUGGUGCCUGUCUCGACGCGGACCGUGCCUGCCGCCGGAGUCUCGACACGGACCGUGCCUGCCGCCGGUGCCCGUCUUUUCUCGAGCGUUCCUGUCUCGACGUGAGCCGUGCCUGUCGCCGGUGCCUGUGUCGACACGGACCGUGCCUGCCGCCGGAGUCCGUCUCUACACGACCGUGCCGGUGCCUGUCUCGACGCGGACCGUGCCUGCCGCCGGUGCCCGUCUCUACACGACCGUGCCUGUCUCGACGCGGACCGUGCCUGCCGCCGCCGUGCCUGUCGCCGGUGCCUGUGUCGACACGGACCGUGCCUGCCGCCGGAGUCCGUCUCUACACGACCGUGCCUACCGCCGGUGCCUGUGUCGACGCGGACCGUGCCUGCCGCCGGUGCCCGUCUCGACGCGGACCGUGCCUGUCUCGACGUGGACCGUGCCUGCCGCCGGUAUCCGUCUCUACACGGACUGCACCUGA